AUGAGCGUAUAUGAUCAACAGAAUGACGAGAGAUUAGGUAACUGUAAAAAUAUAGCUUUUAAACGGGACCUCAAAGAAGAACGUCUCACACAUACAGGACACGUUAUCGGGGUAUCUCCCACUGCGUUCAGGUUCGAUGCAAACACACGAGCCAUACACACCCUUCCUCUGAAUCACGCUAAACUCGAUGAUAAACAAAAUAUCCCAUUAACACCUAAUUUGUGUUCGCAUGCGUUCACACAUCGUAAAUGUCCUGUGAAUGGUAAUGAGAAUAUCCGUUUGCACGCCGGUGGCACGUACGUGUCAAAUGAUGAACGGUCAGGGGAGUCACGACGACGAGCUUCAUCCAAGUGUGGAAAGCGUAAGGCCUCUUUGUUCGAUACCAACGAUUCAAAGAAGUUGAACACAGACAUCAGAAAAACAACAGAGAACAAAAGAAUAUGCGUACCUGGAUUAAGAAGGAAACAUUUUGUGCCAAUUACUUUUACAGGAAAUUGUAUGCAAAUGUGA